AGCCGCCGCUGAGUGAACAAACGCGCUGAGGAGAAGCAGCCGGGUCACCGCAGGCUGGGGCGUCCUCGCCUCUUCGUCUCCUCCUUCUCUUCCUCCCCACGCCGCGCCCCUAGCCUUCCCCUCCCUCCGCCCCGCGCCCCGGGGGACUGCAGCUGCGGGCGGCUCCAGCUGCCCCAGAUGUGGGCUGGGCGGCUCACGGGCAACUUUAGCGCGGCUCCGCGUGCGGGGCUCGGGCUGCGGUUCGGCUGCCAUGGAUCUACCAGCGGGAGCCGCUCGUUUCCUGCUCUGCUGGGCGCUGCUGCUGCUGCCGCCACUGCCCACGGGCGCCCUGAGCCGCUCCGGCCCCCGAGGUCCACUUCUGGGAAACAUAGAGGAGUAUAGACUUGUUAUCCCAACCAGCACAGAUGCAGAGGGCAAGUUCUUAUCACAUUUGGUAUCUGGAGCUGGUAAAGGCCGAUCCCGAAGGGAUGUUGGGGACUUGCCCAGGGAGGAUGCCAACGAACAGAUAUUUUACAAUGUCACUGUGUUUGGAAGAGACUUCCACUUCAGGCUGCGGCGGAACUCCCGGCUUGUGGCCCCGGGUGCGACUGUUGAAUGGCAGGAAGAUUCCCAUGAGACUCGAGUAGAGCCACUCUUGGGGAACUGCCUCUAUGUGGGAGGCAUUACUGGUCUGCCUAAUGCUUCUGUUGCUAUCAGUAACUGUGAUGGACUGGCCGGCAUGAUCCGUACCGACAAGGACGAAUUCUUCAUUGAGCCUCUGGAGAAGGGGAUGUCGGAAGAGAAUGAUGGCAGGAUGCAUGUGGUUUAUCGCAGGCCCCCAUCUCCAAAGCUCUUUCUCAAUGACAGCAGGGGGACCACGUAUUCAGGGGCAGACUUACAUGGCCUGGAUAACCUCGGCAGUAUGUUUGGUCUUGUGGAAGACCGCAUCAAUGCUUCAAGGAGACGAUCUCGAAGGCAUGCCACCGAUGAUGACUACAACAUCGAGGUUCUUCUGGGGGUGGAUGACUCUGUGGUUCAGUUUCAUGGAAAGGAACACGUUCAGAAGUAUCUUCUCACCCUCAUGAAUAUUGUUAAUGAAAUCUAUCAUGAUGAGUCAUUGGGAGCCCACAUCAACGUCGUUCUGGUGCGGAUAAUCCUGUUGAGUUAUGGAAAGUCCAUGAGCCUCAUAGAGAUCGGGAACCCUUCCCAGAGCUUGGAGAACGUUUGUCACUGGGCCUUUCUCCAGCGGAAAUCAGAUACAAGCCAGGCGGAGUCCCAUGACCAUGCCAUCUUUCUCACCAGACAGGACUUUGGCCCAUCAGGGAUGCAAGGCUAUGCCCCGGUCACUGGAAUGUGCCAUCCCGUCCGCAGCUGUACCCUGAACCAUGAAGAUGGAUUUUCCUCUGCCUUUGUGGUAGCCCAUGAGACUGGCCAUGUCUUAGGGAUGGAGCAUGAUGGCCAGGGCAACAGGUGUGGUGAUGAGGUGAGGAUGGGAAGCAUCAUGGCUCCUCUGGUCCAAGCUGCCUUCCACCGCUUCCACUGGUCCCGGUGUAGCCAACAGGAGCUGAAUCGCUACCUCCACUCCUACGAUUGCCUCCGGGACGACCCCUUUGAACGGGACUGGCCAGCUCUGCCCCAGCUGCCGGGAAUUCACUACUCCAUGAACGAGCAGUGUCGCUUUGAUUUUGGACUUGGCUAUAUGAUGUGCACAGCGUUCCGGACCUUUGAUCCUUGCAAGCAGCUGUGGUGCAGCCACCCUGACAACCCCUAUUUUUGCAAAACCAAGAAGGGGCCACCACUGGAUGGGACCAUGUGUGCUCCGGGGAAGCAUUGUUUUAAAGGCCACUGUAUCUGGCUCACUCCAGAUAUCUUGAAACGAGAUGGAAAUUGGGGUGCAUGGAGUAAGUUUGGCUCUUGUUCCAGAACUUGUGGUACUGGUGUGAAAUUCAGAACCCGUCAAUGUGACAACCCACACCCAGCCAAUGGAGGUCGUUCCUGUGUGGGGCUCAGCUAUGAGUUCCAGCUCUGCAAUACGCAGGAUUGCCCCAAUGCCCUGGAUGACUUCCGAGAGGAGCAAUGCCGCCAGUGGGAUCUCUACUUUGAACAUGGGAAUGCCCAGCAUCACUGGCUACCCCAUGAGCACAAGGAGGCCAAGGAAAGAUGCCAUCUCUACUGCCAGUCAAAAGAAACUGGAGAAGUGGUUUCCAUGAAGCGAAUGGUCCACGAUGGGACCCAUUGCUCCUACAAGGACCCUUACAGCCUUUGUGUACGUGGAGACUGUUUGAAAGUUGGCUGUGACCGAGUGAUUGGUUCCACCAAACAAGAAGACAAAUGUGGUGUGUGUGGAGGAGAUAACUCUCACUGCAAAGUAAUCAAAGGGACAUUCACAAGAUUACCUAAGAAACAAGGUUACAUCAAGAUGUUCGAAAUCCCAGCUGGGGCAAGACAUUUGCUCAUACAAGAGACAGAUUCUACCCAUCACACCUUGGCCAUCAAGAACCAAGAGACGGGAAAGUUUGUUUUGAAUGAGGAAAACUUGGUUCCUGAUUCCAAGGUCUUCAUUGACAUGGGUGUGGAAUGGGAAUAUCGAAAUGAUGAUGAUCGAGAAACUGUCCAGACGAUGGGCCCUCUCUACGGUGCCAUAACAGUACUGGUCGUUCCUCAUGGUGAUGCUAAGAUUUCUUUGACCUACAAGUACAUGAUCCAUGAGGACUCCCUGAACGUUGACAACAACAAUGUUGUAGAAGACUCGGUAAGCCAUGAGUGGGCUCUGAAGAAAUGGACUCAGUGUUCCAAACCCUGCGGAGGAGGUUUCCAGCUUACCAGAUAUGGCUGUCGAAGGAAACUGGACCACAAGAUGGUGCAUCGGAGUAAUUGUGACUCCAUUGCAAAACCUAAGCCAAUUCGAAGAGCAUGCAAUCUUCAGGAAUGUUCUCAGCCAGUGUGGGUCACAGGAGAAUGGGAACCAUGUAGCAAAAGUUGUGGGAAAACUGGUUACCAGAUCCGCUCGGUACGCUGCGUUCAGCCCCUGCACGACAACACUAACCGCUCUGUCCACACCAAGCACUGCAACGAGGCUCGACCAGAAGGCAGACGGGCUUGUAACCGGGACCUCUGCCCUGGGCAGUGGCGGGUCGGGCCCUGGUCCCAGUGCUCUGUGAGCUGUGGCAAUGGGACUCAGGAACGACAGGUCCUGUGCCGGACCCAGGAUGGUACCAUCGGCUCCUGUCGGGAGGAGCGGCCUGAGACGGCAAGGACAUGCAGACUCUCCAUAUGUCCCCGAAACAUCUCUGACCCUUCCAAGAAGAGUUACCUCAUCCAGUGGCUGUCCCGUCCAGACCCUGACUAUCCAAUCCAGAAAAUCUCGUCAAAGGGACACUGUCAAGGCGAUAAGUCCAUGUUCUGUCGCUUGGAAGUCCUAUCUCGGUACUGCUCCAUCCCGGGCUACAACCAGCUGUGCUGCAAGUCCUGCAAAAUCUACAGUAACACCACGGAGGACAACGGGACCGAGCCAACCCCCGGAAGAAACAAUGAUAUCGAGGCGCUGCUCCCGACCCUCCCGACCCUUCCCACGGCACAACCAUCCCUGGCCCCCCCCGCGGUGACUCCCACAGGGGCCGUGGGGACCAACACCUCGGAGGAGGAGCAUCCGGACCUCAACGCCGUGGACACGCCGUACAAGGUUCAAGGCCCGGACAACGAGGUCCCGCAGCCCAACCUCAUCCCACACAAAAGGACCCCCUACGAAAGGACCAAGAACCAGAGGAUCCAAGAGCUCAUUGCUGAGAAAUGGAAGAGAGAGAUGCUCGGAAGGUUCUAAUAAAUCAGAAAGAUGCCGUCGGUAGCAUAUUUUUUCCUCUUGGAGAGAGAUAACUGCCCAUUCUAGAAAGGAGGGGGAGUGGUGCUAUGGCAGAAAUGCCCUAUUCUGAAAGACUGGCAGAGAGAUGGCAGAGGCAAUGGCCGGCAGGACAGUGGGGAGUGCAGAGUCAGAGAAACUUCCUAUUUAGUUACCGGGUGUUCCUCUGCAUCUAGCAAAGCACACAGAGCCUGAGGAUACCCUUAGGAGGGCUUGUCUUUUAAGCAAGACAUUCACCAGCCUUAGGUAGAAUGGCUUAAAAAACCAAGAGAAAAUAGAGCUGGUUUAGGGAUGUUCUUGGAAGGAAUCCCGAAACAUACAAAUUCUACUCCAGAGAGGGCAGAGCUGCCCAAUAGCAUCCCCCUAGGUCUUGAUCUCAGGAUUAAUCAGCCCUUAAAAUGCCUCACCAAUUUAUCUCUCCAUUUGGGUUUCAUCUUGGGAUAGGCGGAGACACAUUUAAAGGUAAUGAUGGAUCGCUAGUUCCUUGCAUUUUGAGAUGGAAGGGGUCCUUACAUUUUGAAGAUGAUGAAACAGGAUCAGAAAAGUUAAAUGACUUUUCCAAUACCACACAACUUGGAAAAAGCAGAGACAAGAUUCAAAACCAAAUUUACUGAUUCCAAUACCAUUUCUAACCAGCAAAUGGCAAAAAAAAAAAAAAAAAAAUUGAAACACUCACACACACACAUACACACACACAGGUUAAUGGAUUGAUGAAGAAAAAAUUUGUCCCCUCCCCAUGGCAAUUCCCUUCUCAACCUCCCUUCAGUAAUGACUCUUUCUCAUCCCCAGGCUCCAACCCCUACAGAACCAGCAAUGGGAGGAGGAAAAUCAUAAGCCCCUUUACCUACUAUUCCGGGAUAAGAUCUCUCCACCAAGCUCUGUCAAAGGACAGAGGCAUGGUUCCCUUCACAGACUACUGAGAGCAGGGAAGAAGCCCAAGUUAAAAAAAAAAAUCUUGGUGAAAGUUCCAAUGGAUACCCAUGCUAAACAGUCUUAGUCUGAUUGGGAAUCUGGGGAACAGGGAGAGAAAGGAGAGUGAACAGAAGCAUUCAAAAAGGAUGUCAUAGCAUAUUAGCGGUCAAGAGUUAUGAGGUCAUUUGACCACAUACUUUUACCCAUGAGGAAACAUAGGGCUAGACUGAGUGAGAUUUGCGAGAGGCCACCUAGCAGAGCCAGGACUAACAUCCUUCUUCACUGCCACUUUAAUACAUUAUCCCCUUUUUGCUACAUUGCCUUCUGCUAGCUGGAGUUAAUCCUUUGGAACACUAAGACAAAGGCAAAUGGAGAUACUAUAUUUUGUUAGCCGAUAUUGAGAGUCCUACAAGAUGAGUUUUUUAAGAGAAAAUUGAUGUAUCCCAGCUUCCUUUGUCAGGUUGUACAGGGAGACUAUUCAAAAGAUGCUGAGAGGAUGGUCUGAGGACCAUGCCAACUUUGGUCUCCACCCAUCCAGGUCCCCUCCUUUGACUUCAGUGGUCUAUAGAUAGCCUUAGAAUCCAGUCUCCCCCAUAAUUAUGCAUUCCAGGAAGGAAAAGGAAGCUUGGUAGUUUUAUUUUGUAUUUUUCUAGAUCUUUUGUUGGGGAGUAUGACUAGAUAUAUCCAGUUUACAAGUCAAUGGUGCUUUAUCAACAGAAAAAAUGUUGGCCAAGACCUUUAUCCUCUACCCAUAGAAGGAGUCAGCCUUUGUCCUUUCAAUCAAGGGCAUCCUUCUCACACUCAGAUUUUUGCGGAGGAAGGUCUGGGUUAUUUAAACUGAGUAUGGGACCCCUAGCUGUCCAAAGAGAUCCCUGAUGACAGAUCCCACCCUUUGGGGACAUAGCUCAAAGUACUCUGACAGCUGCUCUUAUCUUACUUUCAACAUUCCACAUGAUAGUAACUCUGGGAGCCAGACAAACCCUGGAAGGAAAGAUGGCAAAACUGCCCCAACAGUUACAGAUUAAUUGAGACACUUAGCUCCAUUACUGAAUGAGUGGUGGCAAAGCUCUGGGAAGAAGAGGUUCAAAUAUUUAGGGUGAAAAGAAAAAGUAGAAACAUUUCUUGGCAUUAAUGCUAAAAAGUUUAUGGUUUAAAUAGAAGGAAAAAAUAGUCAUAGAAUGUGCCUUCUCCUGGGGAGAGACCAUAUUUAUUCUUGCCCUUCAUUGUGUGAUGAAAAUAGUUAACAAUGGACCAUUGCGUUGAUUCUGUCCUGCUACAAAUUCUGGAUAAACCCAAUUUGGGAUCAUUGGGAAUAAGGCUUUUUUCCAUUGUCUUUAGUUUGUCCUAAUGGAACUCACUUCUAUAAAGUGGUUUUCAAUCCUGCUUAUGUAUUUCCUAGUCAGCAUGGUCUUUAGGGACAGUGAAAUCCUUUGAAAGUUCCAAUUUUUAUUGCAUUGAAAUUAUUUUUAGGUGAAAUUUAAUCUAAUCCCCCUCCCAAAAAAAGACCCUGAAAAAUUAUUUUUUUACUGAACAAUGAGUCAUUUCAAGUGAACUUGUAUCUAAACAUUCUUACAAUAACUUCUAAGAAAAUGAGGGGCAGGGCUUGGGGUUCCAGAAAAAUCACUAAUUUGCUCCUCCUUUUCAUCCAGUAAUAUCAGCAAUUGGAGGCAAGUAAGUUUCCUUCAGUGUAAACUGUGUCUAGCAAUUAUUUCUAACUGCCCAUCUUUCUUCUUUGGGCAAAAAGAAAUAAAAAACUCUCCUUGUGUUGUCUGCCUAUCAAAGGAAAAACAAAGAAACUCAGAUUUUCAAGAGACCUCACAAGAUUUGACUUGGCCAUUGCCUUUGGGCAAGAAAUAAGUAUCAUCCCUCUUUUACUAAUAAGACCGGAAAAAUCUUAGUUUAAAUUUAUCUUACUCUUUAUAUUCUCAUUUGAUCUUCACUCUUUCCCUGAUAAGUUGGUAAUGCAAUUAUUAUCCUCCUCAUUUUAAUUAUUGAGCAAGUGGGACCCAUAAGAGGGAAGUGAUUUGUCCAAAGUGACUAGACAUCCAUAGAGUCAGAAUUCAAACCCAGAUCCUCCGAUUCCAUUUCUAACACUCUUUCUGCUACAAUUCCCUGGGAGAGAGGUUAUAUGACUUCCUGAGGACAAAUGCCCCCAGAUGGCCAUUUAGGGUCCAUUCUGAGGAAUAGCAUAAACAAAAUGUAUAGCUGGAUCAAUGCUGGACUUUCCCACUAGGGAACAUACUAGACAUCCUUUCCUUGAAUCUUUCCUUGAAUUGAGACUUUUUAGUUUGCAUGUGUUCCCUAGUGUGACCAGCAUUGCUAACAUCCAGGGGUGGCAGGAUGAUAGCUAGCCCAUUUUCUGAAAUCAGAGAAAGUAGAGACUAUGUGGUAUUAAAUGGGAAAAAAGUAUAUUCGUUGCUAAGAGAGUCAUGUCAAUGGGAUAAGAAAUUUAGGAAUCUUGCUGACAUAUUAGAAGCCUAAUGAUGUUUAAGAACCAGAAAAAUUACUAUUUGGAAAAAAGGAAGGAUUUCUUAAAAAAAAAAAAUACUAAUGAUGUAUUGAGAAGCAUUUUCUAUAGCAUUUUUCUACUUUAAAUCCUCAACUUUAAACAUCUCCAAAAAUAAGUUCUCCAUCUCGGUGCCAUUUAUUUUGGUUGCCAAGAAUAAGGGAGUAUUUGUGAAAUCAGAAAGCAAAGGGGAUAAAUUUGGGGCCCUUCACUCCCACCUCAUCUGGGAUCUUCUGUCCAUUGUAGGAAGACAUAACAGCUGAAAUGAGCUAAUUGGAUGACCCUAUAAAAGGUCUAAUCUAGUUGUAUUGCUUUUUUUUUGCUAAUUUAGUUGAGCUCUAAUCUAGUUGUAUUGUAGUUAUAAAAUAGGUGUUUGCAUAUAUGGGAAAACCAAGGAUUACAGUUCCAUUUCACAAAUGGCAUCCCAAAACAUUGGACCUUAGGAAAGGUCCUAUCCAAAUGAGGCUUAGAGACCUGGUCUCCAUGAGGCCUUUAUUCUUUUUGCCCAGCACUCAGCCUCCUCAUGAUGGACAAGACUGAGUAAAGAAGCAUUUCAGCCAGUCUAAAAACACAGGAAAGUAGCUCUGGUGACACUCGCUUCAGAUCUGAGCCUCAGGGUCCACAGGAUGCCAUGGGAGGAGAAGAGCCGGUGCUGAGGACCAGGGAAGCUGGUUUCUAUAACCCUCACAGCAGGCUGGGGGGCAGCCCUCCAGGAACUCACACCCCAGUUCUUCCAUGACUAAGUCUUAGGACUGUAACACGUCAUGAAGAUUCCAGGUCUCAAUCCCCAGAAAUCCUGGUGCUACAUAAGGAAGGAGUACCCGGCUGGGCAGGGAGCUAAAGAGUGAGUGGGUUCUCUCUCUAGCUGAGACCCUCAUAUCCUCUCAGCCACAUAUUAUCCCACAAGGGUUUGAAGUUCUGUGGGUCCUGUCGGGGUACUCUGUUUGCUUCUCAUUGGUGCUUAUCUGUAGGUUCAUGAUCUGAGGGAGAAUCCCACUGAAUCUGACCUUAUAAUCAGUGUUUCAGACAGCUUGCACAUAUAAUACAAAUGGUGCUCCCCCACUAAGGGUCCAGGGACAGAAUCACGCCAUACAUUUAUUAUUUACUCACAUUUGACGCACAGCCUUUGCCCAUUUGGGCAGAAUCCUUGUCCUGCAGGAUAAGAGAUUACAGUACCCACGGCUUACAGGUAACGACCACCAAUACCUAUUCUCAGUAGAACAACAUGUAUAUACAGAGUUGAUCCUUUAAAUUUUAUAAUUUAUUAAAGUUCAAAUGUCUGUGUUUUUGCAAAUA